AUGGGGCUUUUUACGAUUCCAGAGUUGAACACCCGUCUUGGCACCUUCCGUGCCUAUCAUUUGGCAGCCAUUGUUUUCAUCUCCUCUUUCCUAUCUGCGUACGACUCGGGUGUUGCAGGUGGUAUCCUAACCUACAAAUCCUUCCAAGCAGACUUGGGCUACGAGACUGAAUCCCAGUCCAAGGUAUCCUCGCUCACAGUUGGGUUGGAGCAACUGGGAUCUUUCAUUGGAGCUGCAGUGAUCUACCCACUGACCAACAAAUAUGGACGCAAGUUCACCAUCCUCGGCUCAACGGCUCUCUUCAUCAUAGGCGUCAUAAUCCAAGUCAUCAAAACCCACUCCCUCGCAGCUUGGUAUAUCGGCCGUAUCAUUGCUGGUCUGGGCAUGGGUGGUCAGAGUGUGGUAAUUCCCAUGUACUCAGCAGAGAUGACACCAAAAGAGAUCCGUGGUCGAUGUGGUUCUUUCUACCAAUGGCUCUAUGCAUGGGGUGUGUUCACAGCAUACUGGAUUGACUAUGGUGUAGCCAAGAGCAACUCCAUCGCGGGCACUUCUCGCGAGUGGCAGAUCCCCGUUGGACUGCAACUGAUCUCAGGAGGAAUCCUAUUCAUCGGCUCCUUCACCUUACCGGAAUCGAUCCGUUGGCUACUGACACAAAACCGCACCGACGAGGCCUGGAAGUCCAUUACUUGGAUUCGCGGCGGCGAAGGCAUCAAGACCCGUGAAGAGUUCACAGAGACCCAGCUGGGACUCCAGGCUGAGCAGGCAGAGCGCAAGGGCUUCUCAUACCGAGAGCUUCUCGAGCCAGCCAAUCGACUCCGCUUCAUUGUUGGGCCUCUGCUAUUCAUUUUUCAAAAUGCCACGGGCAGCAGUGCACUGGCGGUUUUCGCACCACAGUAUUUCAAGCUGAUUGCGGGCAGUGGAACGAACCGUAACAUGCUGUUGACUGGUUUGUUUGGUGCCGUCAAGGUCAUUGCUAGUACCUUUUUCAUCUGGGUACUGGCUGAGAGAUUUAGUCGCCGUAUGACGCUCGCCGGUGGCGCUGCACUUAUGGCCAUCUGCAUGCUCAUCACUGCACUCAUUGUCGAUUACAUCCCGACUCAAUCUGCGACUAAUGUUACCUCUGCUGGAAGGGCGACGGUUGCUAUGAUCUAUCUUGACAUUAUGAUCUACAACUGCUCUUGGGGUCCAUUGCCUUGGGCCUAUGUACCGGAGAUAUUCCCAACGCGGAUUCGAGCUCUAGGGUUGGCAGUCAGCAUGCUUGCUCACUGGGCAUCAUCUUUCUGCUUCUCGUUCGCGAGUCCCUACAUGAUCAAAAACGUUGGCGCAAACACUUUUCUGAUCUUCAUGGGCUUUGACAUCGUAGCUGCUGGCUUCUGCUGGGUUUUCGUCAAAGAAACUCGCGGCAAGAAUCUCGAAAUUGCUGCUGGUACUGAGUGGGAAAUUGCGGAGCGUAGCUCGACUGACGAUAGUGAGAAAGGAGGCGUGCUGAAUGCGGAUGGCAAGAAAGUUCAGAUCGUCAGUGUGCAUGAGAACUUCCAUGCAAACCUCAAGCAUCGGUCUGUGGAACAUUGA